AUGUUGUAUGAUUCUAACAAAAGUUUUAGGGAUGGCAUUCGAGAGUUCGCCUGUAAGAUUUCAGAUCAAACAGAUGAAAACUCGUGGAGAUAUCGAUUUUUACAAGUUCAGUCUAAAGAUGCAACUGCAUGUUAA